GCGCAGACUUUCAGCCCUUCCGGACACAGCGCGAGCGCGUCUGUGGUCAGAGCCGGCGUCUUUUCUUGAGUAAAAAAAAAAAAUACCCACUCGGAAUAGCGAUUCAUCGCCGUUUAUGUACGUCGGGGUCAGGAGCUUCUUACAGGGAGAUGGUGUGGAUGAACAGAUGAUUUGAGAAUCUGGUCUGCUUUCUUGUCUCUUGGGCAGAAGCUCUGUUUCCAGGGUGAUGAGCGAUAUUCUGUGAAAAAUCAAGAUUACUAUGGGGUGUGCUUGCUGUAAGCAGAAAAAGACUGGCAAAAUGGCCACUGUGUCAUGUAGUGACACAUGUGACACAGGAGGUGGGGACAGCAUCCGUUACAUUGCAGACCCUGUCCAGAGCUCAGGGGCUGACCUCAUCCCCAACUUCAAUGAUUUCCCCAGCACAAUCUCUAGCUGUAAUGCUUUUCCUGCAUCCAGUUUCCCCUCUAACCCUAGCCAACCACGGGCAACCAUCACAGGAGGAGGAGUGACAAUGUUUAUAGCGCUAUAUGAUUAUGAUGCCAGGACAGAGGAUGACCUAAGCUUUCAGAAGGGAGAAAAGUUCCACAUUAUUAAUAACACUGAAGGUGAUUGGUGGGAAGCACGCUCUUUGGACACAGGGAAGUCUGGAUUCAUUCCUAGUAACUAUGUGGCCCCUGUGGAUUCCAUACAGGCGGAGGAGUGGUAUUUUGGGAAGAUGGGCCGUAAGGAUGCAGAACGGCAACUUCUGGGCCAGAACAGCCCUAGAGGGACCUUCUUAAUAAGAGAGAGUGAGACGACUAAAGGAGCAUACUCUCUGUCUAUCAGAGACUGGGAUGAAGCAAAGGGUGACCAUGUAAAGCAUUAUAAAAUCAGGAAGCUUGAUAAUGGUGGAUAUUACAUCACAACCCGAAGCCAGUUUGAAACUGUGCAGCAACUGGUGCAACAUUAUUCAGAUCGUGCAGCAGGGCUUUGCUGCCGUUUGAUGGGCAGCUGUAGGCGGGGUAUGCCUAAACUUGCUGACCUGUCAGUGAAGACUAAGGAUGUUUGGGAGAUUCCAAGGGAGUCACUUCAGCUAAUUAAGAAACUGGGCAACGGGCAAUUUGGUGAAGUGUGGAUGGGGAUGUGGAAUGGCACUACUAAAGUGGCAGUGAAGACUCUGAAGCCAGGCACAAUGUCUCCAGAGGCCUUCUUAGAUGAAGCCCAGAUCAUGAAGAGACUCCGCCAUGAUAAACUGGUGCAACUUUAUGCCGUGGUGUCAGAAGAACCAAUCUACAUUAUCACAGAGUUUAUGAGCCAAGGAAGCCUCUUAGAUUUCCUUAAAGAUGGAGAAGGCAGAAAUCUGAAGCUGCCUCAGCUUGUGGACAUGGCUGCACAGAUUGCAGCUGGGAUGGCUUACAUUGAAAGGAUGAACUACAUCCACAGAGACCUAAGAGCUGCCAACAUCCUGGUAGGAGAUAGCUUGGUCUGUAAGAUAGCCGACUUUGGCCUGGCCAGACUCAUCGAAGACAAUGAAUACACCGCCAGACAAGGAGCAAAAUUUCCGAUAAAGUGGACUGCCCCAGAGGCGGCUCUUUAUGGCAAAUUCACCAUCAAAUCAGAUGUCUGGUCAUUUGGAAUUCUACUGACUGAACUCAUUACAAAAGGCAGAGUGCCAUACCCAGGGAUGAAUAACAGGGAGGUCCUGGAGCAGGUGGAGCGUGGUUAUCGUAUGCCAUGUCCACAAAGCUGUCCGGCCUCUCUGCAUGAUUUAAUGUUGCAAUGUUGGAGGAAGGACGCAGACGAGCGCCACACCUUUGAGUACCUGCAGGGCUUUCUGGAGGAUUACUUUACUGCCACUGAACCACAAUACCAGCCGGGAGAGGACCUGUAAUGCCAUCAUGUGCAAAGUGAUUUGACUGUUCUUCCAGUGCAUUUAAUAGGUUUCUAAAGGGAUUUUCAAGUGAGGCCCUCAUACUAAGUCUUGAAAUGAAUGUAUGUGGGGAUGAUGUGCGAACCUUCUUCAUAGAAAGUCUUUACUGAAAAAUUUUAAGUAAUUUUAAAGCAAAGAAGCAGUUCCUUCUGAAGUAUUACAUUAAAAGCAUUGACACGUUUUAAAGCAUAUGAAUACUGUGUAAGCUGAAUUUGCACAGUGUUCUUGUAAUGAGGAGUUCACUCAGCAAAGAAGUCAAACAAGACUUUUACAGGACUUUGGCUGCGGUAAGCAUAUAGGUCAGAACAAAUAAUCUACAUGGACAUAUUUUUAUAAUGUCUUCCUAAUUUCUUUAGACUGAUUUUUUGCUCAGAUAUUUUAUUGCUUUAUCAUUAGCCUUCUUUGAGCUACAUGAUUUUCAUAGCUUUAUCAACUUGGUAAACAUAGGCUGGGAAUUAGCACUGCUGUACACUGCUGAAGUUUUGCAUUGGGUUAGCAUUGACAUGACUUUAAGGUAUACCGAUUAUUCAGUAUAUCAGACACAACAGCUUUAACAUCAUCUUUACAAUUUUAUCUAACUUUGAUAGUAUUUUUAUGUUAAAAUAUACCACUGAUAAAAAUAAAAACAUAAGUGCCUAUCAAACUGGA